AUGCCUAUAACAUAUGGACCUCAACCUCUGCAAAGAUUGAAUACAGAAACUAGACAUGGGUUUGGUGACCAGUACUCUUCUGAGCAGCUACUGGAGUCUCUAGAAAAUGACUUUUUAUUCUAUUUUGACGACAAAAGACAUCGAACAAACGGAAACCCAGUUUCCCGAGAAGAGAAGAAGAAAGACCCAGAACGUUACUAUCAGCCAAUUAAAGACUGGAAAAUACUCAAAGAACGUCAAAAAACUGUUUCUGCUGCAUUACUAUUGUGUCUAAAUCUCGGAGUAGACCCCCCUGAUGUCGCUAAGACUCAUCCCUGUGCGCGACUCGAAUCGUGGGUCGAUCCUCUCAACUUCCAGGACUCUAAAAAAGCGAUCGAACAGAUAGGUAAAAACCUGCAGACACAAUACGAAACGCUUUCGCUCAGAACGCGAUACAAACAGUCUCUCGACCCAUGCGUGGAAGACGUCAAACGUUUUUGUAAUUCACUGCGGCGCGCAUCCAAAGACGAACGCAUUCUAUUCCAUUACAACGGGCACGGUGUACCGCAACCCACUGCCUCUGGUGAAAUGUGGGUGUUUAAUCGAGGUUACACACAGUACAUUCCAGUUUCAUUGUAUGAUCUUCAAACCUGGUUAGGUGCACCUUGCAUAUAUGUCUAUGAUUGCAACAGCGCUGGAAACAUCGUCACAAAUUUUCAAAAUUUUGUUCACAAGAGGAUAAAAGAUGACGAAGAAGGAAAUCAUGACAACGCGGCUCCUUCGCCCACUCAAGCUUAUGUGGAAUGUAUACAGCUGGCUUCCUGUAGGGCGAACGAACUACUGCCGAUGAAACCUGAGCUUCCCGCGGAUCUAUUUACAUGCUGCCUUACCUGUCCUAUCGAGAUAAGUGUUGAUAUCUUUCUUAUGAACUCUCCCUUGCGUGAUUCGAAGUAUGCAGUCUUAUUUCAGAAUAGUGAUGAUAGAACGCUGCGAAACGGUUCCAAACCAACAACCAAACCCAACGUGACGAUUCCAGGUAAGCUUUCUGAUAGAAGAACACCUUUGGGUGAAUUAAACUGGAUAUUUACAGCCAUAACUGAUACAAUAGCGUGGACUUCGCUUCCGCGCCCGCUGUUCAAGAGGCUGUUUAGGCAUGAUCUUAUGGUGGCAGCGCUAUUCAGAAACUUCUUACUGGCAAAAAGAAUCAUGCCCUGGUUCAACUGUCACCCUGUGUCUGAUCCUGAACUUCCCGAUUCCAUCGCGGAUCACCCAAUGUGGAAGUCGUGGGACCUAGCCAUUGAUGAGGUGCUAAGUAAGCUCGCAAGUGAUAUUCAGACAAUGCCAUCAAACUCCACAGAGCUUGAACUUCAAACUGCAUUACAGAAUCAACAGAUUAUUGGAAAUGAGGAUAAUAUUAUUUCCAAAGCACCUGCAGGUACGCUCAGCACGAUGUCACUUGUUAAUCAUCAUCUGCCAAGUGCUACUCAAGUUUCGCAACAUUUGGCUCAGCAGCAACAGAUAGCAGGUGCACAGCUUCAGCUGCAACAACAACAGUUUACAGGUUUUUUCGAGCAGAACCUCACCGCAUUUGAACUCUGGCUGAAAUAUGGAUCAAACACUAGGAACCCGCCAGAACAAUUACCCAUUGUCCUUCAGGUUCUGCUCUCUCAAGUUCACCGCGUCAGAGCAUUGGUCCUCUUAUCUCGGUUUUUGGAUCUUGGUCCCUGGGCAGUGUACUUGUCUUUAUCCAUUGGAAUCUUUCCUUAUGUUUUAAAACUGUUGCAAAGUCCAGCUCCCGAACUUAGACCAAUUCUUGUCUUCAUUUGGGCGCGUAUCAUGUCGAUUGAUUAUAAAAACACACAGUCCGAACUUAUCAAAGAAAAGGGCUACUUGUAUUUCGUUAAAAUGCUAGUUCCGGAGUGGGGGACGACCGCGGCUGGACCCGCACCUCAACUCCAACGUGCGGCUAGUGGCGGUGGUUUAACGAUGAAUGUUAAUGCAAGCUUAGGUACCCAACGAUACCAGAUGAUUCAAUCCAUGCAAAAUGGAACUGUAAACGGAUCCGCGGCAUUGGCAAAUAACACCACCGAUGAACAGAAGGCAAUGGCUAUAUUUGUUCUAUCAUCAUUUCUGCGUGACUUUCCCUUGGGGCAAAAAUGCACAUUCGCUUUAGAACUUGUCAAUAAGUUAUGCCUCUAUGUUGAAACAUCCGACGUGCCAUUAUUACGACAGUGGUGUAUUCUCUUAAUGGGUCAACUAUAUUUUAAGAAUCCUCUCAACAAGUAUAUCUGCAUGACCUGCGGAUUUUUGGAGAAACUUUACACGUCUUUGAGGGACCCCAUUCCGGAGGUAAGGUGUGCUGCUCUUUUGGCGAUCAACAUGUUUCUCUCUGAGAAAGAUGAGCCAGAGCUCGCUUUACAACUUCAACAAGAAAUGCAGCAGCAAAGCCAACAAUUGCAAGCUCAAUUACAAUCGUUGCAGUCUUCAGGCCAGCUACAAAGACAACACGCUCAAGUCGAACGGCAGCUGCUGCAGACCCAAGAAUUUCUUUCUCAGUUGAGAAAUAUGGACUCAAGACGACUCAAGCAAGAGGAGAUCAAAAUGACUAUUGCAACUCUAGGACUUGUGAACGAUGGAUCACCUCUAGUGCGCAAAGAGUUAAUCGUUUGCCUUUCCCAUCUCGCCUAUCGUUACAUCAGUUUCUUUCUUGUUAUCGCUUUUCAAGAAAUAUGCGACGAAAUAGCGCAGUUAGAGCCAACAUGGGAGGGCUGUGGUCUAGAUAGCAAGCAAUCUGUCGCACACGGAUCUAUCUUUUACACAAUUUGGAAAUCUCUUUUGAUAUUAGCGGAAGAUCCAUAUGCGGAGAACAAGCAUCUUGCUCAAGAGGUCGUGGACUAUGUUCUUGUCAAAUUGAGUGAUCAUGAGCAGUUGAGCGAGGUCGUUGCUUUGAUGGAGCUUUACCUGAUGGAACGUACAGGAGGAGGAAUGGCAGCCUCUAGUUCUGCAACGGCGAUGGUAUCCACCUUACCUGUUGCUAAAAGGCCCACAAGUUUAUCUCCUAAAAACAAGCCGCAAGACAAUAAUGAGCUUCAGGAUUCUGAAAAGAGCAUAACAAAAAGAAUAACGUCUUUGAGCGGUCUCUUUAAAUCCUUAGGAUGGGAAAAUAGCACCGAUAACAGCACGGCUGAAACUCCCGCGAGAAGGGCUUACGAUAAGUUGAAAGGUUCUAACAUGCUGAGUGUGCCGCACGGAACGGCCCCUACAGCUUCGACACAAAGAGCACGGAGGCCGAGAAGCCGGCUUGAGAUACCAUUGACCAGUAGCUUUUUGAACUACUCAAGGGAAUACUUCCAAGAACCUCAGAUGAAGAAGCAAGAAGCCGAUGAGCCUGGAAGUGAGGAGUACACCUCUAGAUUGUGGCGGAAAAAUAGAAAUGAAAUGAUCAUUCAAAGGACUCAGGCUCAAAAAAAGCUUUCUUUGUAUGGAGAUUGGUCUAACGUCUCGGCAUCAUUGGAAAACAAAUCUCAACCCAAAAUCUUGAAAUUCAGUCAGUUUGAAAACUACAUUGUAUCUGCCGACGAUAGAGACAACAUUUGUGUCUUUGAUUGGACUGAAAGCUCAAGACUAGCGACUUUUUCGAAUGGCAAUCCAUUCGGAACCAAAAUAACGGACAUCAAAUAUUUGAACGAAGAUGACAUACCACUGUUACUCUUAGGCUCUUCAGAUGGUAUUGUGAAGAUAUACAGCAAAUUUCACGAUCUAGAUGAAUUGGAGUUGGUGACGUCGUGGAGAGGUCUUACUGAUCUGCUUUUGACGCCACGAUCCACUGGACUAUUAACAGAGUGGCAGCAAAGUAGAGGCUCCCUGCUUGUCACUGGUGAUGCCAAAAUUGUACGGGUUUGGGAUGCCCUUACCGAAACUGUCGAGGUUGACAUUCCUGCAAAGUCUUCCUCCCUGAUAACCUCCAUAACCUCAGAUCAAUUGUCGGGAAAUAUAUUUGUGGCGGGAUUUUCAGAUGGGUCACUGAGGGCUUAUGACCGUCGUGCCGAUCCUAGAGAUUCGAUGGUGCACUUGUGGAGAUCUGAUGAGGGGCAUUCCAAGGCGGGGAUCAACAAUGUUCAUUUGCAGAGAGGUGGUUACAGAGAGCUUGUGAGUGGUACAGAAAGAGGUCUCGUGGAGCUAUGGGACCUAAGAAGCUCUCAUGCAAUCGACCAAUUUAAAGAUGAAGGUGAAAACAUGGGGUCAUCUGGAUCCCGGGUUACCACGAUGACUUCAAUGCAGGUGCACGAGCAUGCGCCUGUAAUCGCUACGGGGACUAAACAAUUGAAGAUAUGGACCACAGCAGGCGAUCUCCUGUCUACUUUUAAGAACUCACAGUCACACGCAGGUGGUGUGGCCAACACGCUUGCUACCGGAAUCAGUAGUUCGAGACUGCCGAAUUCAUUCGUUUCCGCGAUGGCUUUUCACCCGCAUGAGAUGAUGCUGGCUGCUAGCAACUCGCACAGCUCAACAAUAAACGUAUAUGAGUGUUUUGAUGCGCGUUCAGACUAUCUUUAUUACUAA